CCUCAAAGAUCCAAUUUCGGUAACCGUCUCCCGUUUAGGACCCCUUUCAGGGAAAAUUGAACUAGUUGGCCAUUCUGCAGCUAUUUGGCAGGAACACGUCAAAAAGGCAACUUUUUCUUCUUUCCUCAAAGUCUUUUCAAACCUUUUCAUUACGAGCUUCUUUAGAUUCUUUUAGAUCGGAUUCCGAGGGUUUCGAGAACUUGUACCCAAUUCCUUGUGCAUCGUUAUCCUUCUUCAAUCUUAGUUCUCCUAAAAGAAUAUUAAUUUAUUCACUUCUUUCCCAUUCCCUUCUUUCGUCACUCCUUCAUUGAGUUCCUUAUUACUUUUAUGUUUUGAAUUCAUAAGGAAAGAACCAAUCCUUCGUUAUCCCCAUCCUUUUUGAAGAAUACCGUUGUUCAUAGGUUGCUUUGUCGCGUUGUAAAUAACGUCUCGUCUCGCCCUAGCGAAUUCCACUUUUUCAAAAGAACACGCGACAUCUUAAGAAGGGUUUUGUCGCAGAUUCAAUCACGGUCAACAAUACAUCAAAUUUCAACCGCAGUUUUGUCGUGAUGUCGUCAAAUGGAUUAGAUAUGAAGGCAAUCCCUCUGCCAACAAUUGAGAAGCCAUUCGGAGUGGAAUUAUGGCCAAUCUUCGACAAGGCCUUCACCGCGGUCAAGGGUUAUCAUCCGCAAGACUUCGAUUUCCAACCACUGGUCACACCUAUGUCGACCUUGAAGGAGAGCGGCUUGACCAUUCUGGCAUACUACAUAAUAAUUUUUGGUGGAAGAGAGUUAAUGCGAAAUCGACCAGCCUUCAAACUGAAUGGUCCCUUUAUGAUCCACAACUUCUACCUGACUGCCAUCAGUGCUAUUCUUCUAGCACUCUUCGUUGAGCAAUUGGUGCCGACGGUUUACAAUCAUGGUCUUUUCUAUGCAAUUUGCGAUGUCAAGGGUGGUUGGACUUCUCACUUGGUUAUUCUCUACUACGUAGGUCUUACUGGAGAUGCGGCCACACAAAUUUACGGCUAACAUUGAAUAGCUCAAUUACCUCACAAAAUACCUCGAAUUGAUUGAUACCGUUUUCCUCGUGUUGAAGAAGAAGCCAUUGAGUAUGUAGCCACAGCCUGACGAUCCAUACCACACCAAAUGCUAAUAUUUUUCGGGAAGCUUUCCUUCACUGCUAUCACCACGGUGCCACUGCCCUCUUGUGUUACACACAACUCAUUGGGUUGACCUCCGUAUCAUGGGUUCCAAUUACUCUCAACCUCAUGGUUCACGUCGUUAUGUACUGGUACUACUUCCAAAGCGCGCGUGGAAUCCGUAUUUGGUGGAAGGAAUGGAUCACCAGACUCCAAAUUAUCCAGUUUGUCAUUGAUCUUGGUAAGGAUGCACAAAUUCACAAUCAGCCACAAAUCCUACUUUUCAGCUUGCUAACAUUUCUCACUAUACAGGCUUCGUCUACUUUGCAUCUUACACUUACUUUACCUCAACCUACUUCCCCAAUAUGCCAAGUGCAGGUAACUGUGCCGGAGAAGAAUUUGCAGCUUUUGCGGGUAUGGGCAUUCUCAGCUCUUACCUCUUACUUUUCAUCUCCUUCUACUUCGCAACCUACAAGAAGGAUGGAAAGCGCCCCACGGGUCGCAAAGCUGCACGAUCCUUGGUCGAUGCCAAAGUUCCGGAUGUCGCCACACUUACACACGGGAAGAUUAAUGCAGGCCCCACAAAUGGUCGCGCAACAGGCGUAAGCCCAGCUCGUCCAGCUACCCGCUCCCGCAAGGCAUAAAUAUGCACCCCGGGAUGCGACCCUACAAAAUCGGCAUGACGGCGGUAGUCGACCCGAUUAUGCGAUAAAUGAUAAUGGAUAGAACUCGCAGCCUCUUCCGAAGCGAGUGCACAAACUUCUCUGAGAAUUAAGACCUUCUCCUUGUAUAAUGGUUUUUUUGGCGGCAUGACACAGUUUCAGACAUGGUGUCGCCGCUAUAACUUUUCUCUUAUGUUAUAGAAAGAAAGAAAAUAUGUAAUGAAUGUUAUGGCCGAGAACAUGACAGCAUGGGUGGUUGGGCGAACUUAGAAAAAGAGCAAUUCAGAUUUCAACAACCUUUUUUAAAAGACUUAAUACUCCCUUUUAAUUUCAUUUCUUGUGUGUUGUAGGGCAAUUGGUCAUUUUUUGUCAAUAAGACAUGGUGGGAAAAGAUGAAGUGAAUGAUAGCACAAUACAAACGAAGAUUUCAUGAACCAU